AUGAACUAUCAGUACCAGAGGAGCUUAAGCGUCGGUGACGAUGAAAUCAGACUGCUUCAGAUUGAAGCAUCCAGUGAUCCGGACUCGGAAAUCAAAUGUCGGUUAUUAACAACACCUCUAGGCUCAGCCGGAAGAUACAUUGCCCUAUCUUAUUGUUGGGGUGACCCUGGGAUCAAGGGAAAGAUCAUUGUUUCCCAAAGGUCCAUGAUGGUCACGAAAAAUCUCAUCAGCGCGUUGCAAGACCUCCGUAGUCGAGGGUAUCUCUGUAUCUGGGCUGAUGCAGUCUGUAUCAACCAGAGCGACCUAGAAGAACGCAGCCAACAGAUUCUAAGAAUGGCAGGAAUAUACCGCUCGGCUUCGAAGGUGGUGGCGUAUUUGCACGGCGCGACACUUUCCGCGGCGAAACUGGCGUCAGCGCUCUUCCUACGAAUCAAAGAUAGCGAGGACGUGGCGAGGAAGGCAAGAGAAGACUAUAAAAGACGAAAAAAGAGGGAAUCGGACCUAGCAGGGACCAAAAAGGGAAAAUGGCCACUGUUCAACCGCGACCAGCCUAAGCCGCGUAAACUGCGACGCCCGGAACGUCCACAUUUUCAGAUCGACGGUCAUGAGCACUAUGUUUUGUCCAAACUAUUGAGUAACCCUUAUUGGUGUCGCUCCUGGAUAAUACAGGAAAUCUCGACAAAUACUGAACUGGAAAUAAUAUGGGGUCAUCAGAUUUUCGACCUCAAGAGCUUGAUUAAGGUUGCUUGUCUGGCAUCCGAGUCUAAUGGCAUUCGGAUUCCUAGGCAGCUGGCUCAUAUCCAGGACAUUGACAGGAUUCGGACUGCCCAAUUAACGAUGCGACCACACUCCAUUUUAGAGGUUCUGCCAUUGACACGCAACACAAGAGCGUCAGAGCCUCGCGACAGAAUAUACGCUAUUCUCGGCGUGACAUCGAACGGCAAUAUUCUUGUUCCGUUUCCCAACUAUUCCCUGCCAGAUUCUGCCGUAAAUAGAGACAUAACGGUACGGAUGAUCCAAAGAACGAAGUCGCUUGAUUUUGUGAUUUUCAAGCACGGUGAAGUGGGACCAUGGUCGCACGAUUGGUUCAGCCCCAAAUCGUUCUGUGAUCGGCGAAUGCAAUGCUUUAUCAAAUCUUCGAUACAUGGAUACUCUGAAUUCUCUCAAAUCCAUUACAAUGCUUCCAACAAGAGGGUUGCGGAGUUUGAAGUUAGAAAAACCUCGCUCUUUGUCCAAGGCUUCGUCGUGGAUGAUAUCAUACAGUGUUCCCCCACCCUAUCCGAAGCCCUACAGGGAGGACUGAAGACGCAUUCUUGGAAAUACAUAAAAGAGCAAAAUCAUCGUAUUGGUAUUUCAGAAAGCAAGAGGAGAAAACACUCGCGAGCCCUGGCUUGGCUCCUGUACGGUAUCAACUUACAGCAUGACUUUUCGACCUCUUAUCAAGUACAUGUGACAGUUUUAGGGAGAUUGCUAAAAACCCUCCGAGAAAGCCGAAAAAGGGAGAAUAGUUUAGAUUUUAUCAAGGAGUUGAUUCAGUGGCUCUGUUGUUGUUGCGAAGAAUCUUUCGAGAUUAAAGGCUACCCUCUUACGUCCUGGUUUACUGGGAAAGAAGGGCCUUUAGCCUCGUAUUCUAAUGCGAGGAUCAACGCAUUAACAGAACUUCACUCUAAUCUAGGCUUGCAGAUGCGCCUAGGGAGUACACAUCAUGGCCAUUUGGGGUGGUUUAAUAGGAAUACCCUUCCUGGAGACAAGAUUGCGAUUAUAUUCGGUUGUCGCUUCCCGGCUGUGCUUCGAAAGUGCGGUGAGAAUCGCUACUGUGUGGUUGGUGAGGCGGUUGUUCAAGGACUAAUGUUCGGCGAGGCCAUGCGAAAAGCGCAGCCAACGUCGAUUGAGCUGGUGGAUCUGGAUCUCAAGACGUAG